CACUGUAUCGUCAUGGGAGAAGCUCAGGACUCUUCUUUCCUUCUUGUAAAAAUCUUAGAGGAUUUAGACUCCAAACAAAACUCUGUUUCAUACCAAGAACUCUGUAAGUCUUUGUGUUCCCGUUAUGAUCUACCUGAACUUGCAAAGUUGCGCAGCCUCCUAUAUUACACGGCGUGCCAAGACCCAAGCUUUCCAGCAAGUCUCUUCCGAGAUAAAAUGAGAAAUGCUGCGGAUAAUCAACAGUCUAAAAAAAUAAUUGCGGCGGCUGAUAUAGUCACUAUAUUUAAUCUGAUCCAAAUGAAUGAUGGAGCUGCCAAAGAAAAAAUCCCAAUUCAACAGCAGACUCAAGAGAAAGAGGCAAUAGAGUCCGAUAAUGAGGUUUUCCCCGGGACAGAUAUAGCUCCUCACAAAGAAACACAAAAAAGGGAUACCAGUCGAAGCUACUCAAUCACCAGGUCCUCCAGUUGUCACAAAGAAGAAUGUGAGGGAUGUCAUACAUUUCUCCCUGAACCAAAUUUUCUCCUUGGAGUUAAACAAGAAAGCAAUGGGCGAGCUGGAUCCCUUGAUAGAUUACAGGCUUUGGACUCUUAUGGCAUGGUAACUCCCCAGUCUUGUGAAAUGCAAAGCACCUAUUUCCCUAGUCAACCAUUAUCUGAGCCAGAAUCACUGCCGCCUACACCCAGUGAGGAACCUUUUAGACUUUCAGCCUCUAGUGGACAGAGAAGAAAUGUUUUUAAAGAAGACUUCCACAGCAUGGUUAGAAUUCCCCCCAAUCUCACAAUGAAAAAGAAUGAAGGAAAGAUAAGUCCCAAGACAGUUUUCUUCAAUCACAGUUUUGAGAUGCCUUACAGCUCUCACUAUCUUAAUACGGCUUACUCUUCUUCUGAAGACUUUCGCCGAUCAAAACAUGAAAGCUUAGAUGAUCUUCAAGCAUCCACAUACUUUGGUCCAACAACUGGGUCUGGACUGCAAGAGCAAAAGAGAUUUACAAGCAAACCAAAACCACUUGUAGGAAAGCCAGUAAAAAGCUGGAGUCUAAACACUGAGGAGGUGCCAGAUUUUGAACGCUCAUUUUUUAAUCGAAAAGAAGAAAAUCUGUGUUAUCCUAGCACUGGCUUGGUGCAGACAACAAAUUUUGUUUCAGUACCCGAGCGACAUCAUUCUUAUUUACCGGACCUGGCAUUGAAAAAUAAUGGUAAAAAAAUCUGUGAGCCUCAAGAUGUGGAAAAGCAAGAGGCUCUAAGAAGGUUCAGGGACAAGAGUACUAAGCAACCUUCUUCUCAGUAUAGUACUGAGAAGACAGAAAGCGUUGGUACCCAGACAGAGCAGUCAGAGACAAAAAAGGUAAAAGAAUCCAAUAUCUCCUCUAGCUGCAGCCAUUUUAUGGAAGGUAGAGCCCGUAACCAAUCAGAGGCAGACUCUGAAAUUAUAAGUGAUGAUAUAAGUGACAUAUUCCGAUUCUUAGAUGAUAUGAGCCUUUGUGGGUCUUCUGGUAUACCGCAGUCUUCCUGCUAUAACAGUAGUGGUUCUCUUGCUCAAGUUUCACGAGCAGACAAUGAAAGUUCUCCAGAACACGUAGCCAACAGAUCUAACACCAAACCAACCAAGGGUCCACGGACUGAGACAGUGGAAGAAGAAGAACUAAAAAGCAGCGUCAGAAAACUAGUUAGAAGGAUUGGGGAAAUUGAAAAGAAAUUAGAGUCUCUGUCAGGUGUGCGUGAUGAGGUGUCUCAGGUGCUGGCCAAGCUAAAUAGGCUGGAUGAGAGGAUACAGCCCCCAGAAAAGGGGAAAUUAGACGUCGAAGGUCAAUCUCACAGUGAUGCCCAUUCAAGCACAAGGGCAUCUCCGAGUCCAUUUCAAGAUCAAAACUCAUCCCAUAAUGGGAAUGUGGAGAACAAGCCCGACUGUUGCUGUUCUGAUGGUAACAGUGGCACCACGGAAAGUCUUCGAGUUAAAGCCAUGAAGAAAAAUCUUUUUACACAAAGAUCAGUCCGUUCAUUGACCGAGGACAUUUCUACAAGCGAGACUAAGCCUGUAAACCUGCCCCAUGAAUGUCGACCUUGGGGAUUUCCCAAACAGGCUAGUAUAUCUGAGGAAGAAAAGAAAGAUAAAGGAGGGUCAAGCAGAGACUGGCACCGCAAAUCCAAAGAGGUCGACCGCCAACAUGAAAUACCUCAUUUGCACAGAAUUCCCAAGUCAUCAAGGGAUUCAUAUAUGGUAGAACAGGUGUUCAGUCCUCACCCGUACCCUGCAUCUCUCAAAUCUCACAUGAAGAGCAAUCCCAUUUACACUGACAUGCGUCUGACAGAGGUGGCAGAGAUAAAACGAACCCAACCUUCAUGGACCAUAGAAGAAUACACACACAAUUCAGCGGAGAAAGGUCGCCUCACCGCACUGGAUCUUCAGGCUCAAGAAUCCCUAAACCCAAACAAUUUGGAGUUUUGGAUGGAAGACAUCUACACUCCAGGUUAUGAUUCUCUGCUGAAAAGGAAAGAAGCUGAGUUCCGACGAGCCAAGGUCUGUAAAAUGGCAGCACUGAUCACAGCGGCUGCCUGCACAGUAAUUCUGGUGAUCGUUGUUCCCAUUUGCACCAUGAAGUCUUAAUCUUUACAAAUGGCCAGGAGAUCCUUACUUGCACUUCCCCUAGGCAUCCUGUUCUGUCAACCAGGAGCAGAUAGCAAGAGACACUAACCUUAGAUACAUACAUCUUCCUACAAUAUGAAGAGUGAGUGCAGCAAGACUCAACAUAAUGUGACUAUAAAAGCACUACACAAACACAACGCACACAUUACUAAUACAAUGCUUACAUUUUAUGUGGACUCAGAUAAAAGAAGUGUGAAUUCCAUAAUGGUCUGUCCCUCUCUGUAUGUAACUGGAUUAGAGAUGGGAAAUCCUUCUCCCUCCAGAGACCUUCUUGGACAGUCAUCACACAAUAAGGCUGACAAACAUACAUGGUCCCCGAAGACUUGGUUCACCAUGUGCUUGAGCAAAUGAAGAAAAAAGAAGCAGGACAAUUAGAGGACAAAAAUGAACAGCCAAAGAGAUGACACAGCAUCUUUUCAACAGCAAUACAAAACCAUUUCAUCUUUUGUGCCUUUCUUCGAAACAUUGUCAGCACUUCUUGAGUUUCUGCAUUAUAUGUUUUUAAUGAAUGUUAGUAAGAGGGGCUUCCUGGAAAGUAUGAAGACACUACUGGUUAGAGUAUUGGUGAGUCCACUAAACUCUUUCAGUAUUCUGUUAAAUCCCGCGUUCUGUGGAAAUAUAGCGUAAAACUUCGCUCAUCCCUAAUUUGCACCUUGCUUAUGUCUGA